AUGCCACGCAUUCCUCCUUUUGACCAGCUGCCCCUGCGAGAGGGAGACCCUCAGUACUCGGCUUGGGGUCUAUGGGGCGAAGAGCCAGAGAAAGCGGCUCUGGGCUCGCUCAACUAUCUUACAGAUGAAGUUGUUCGAGAGGCUAUCAAAGAGGUUCAGACUGGUGAACGAGUCGGCUUAAAUCUUCCUCUAGAUCUCAUCAACCCCCCUUUCCUAGGGCGUGUUGGCUUCGAGCACAAGAUGAUCAACAAGAGCCCUCGUGUCAUCAAUGAUGAUAUUGAGCAGAUCUAUUCUGAUCACCAGACGAACUACAAUGACCUUCAACCCUGGACAGAUCGCAACUUGGCAGGCCGAGGUGUUCUUAUUGACUACGCCUCGUGGGCUGCGCGCCAAGGCAUCUCAGUGGAGGCAUUCUCCUCGCAUCCUAUUUCGAUCAACGACAUUGAGGCCAUUGCAAAGGAGCAGGGUGUGACCUUCCGUCCCGGUGACGUCCUGUUCCUCAGGACAGGCUUUGUUGCCGCCUACAAGUCCGCUGAUGAGAGCAGACGCAAGCUAGCCGCUGAGGGCAAAUGGGUUGGGGUCAGCCAAAGCGUCGAGGCGGCGGCUUGGUUCUGGGGAAGGCAAUUUGCAGCUUUGGCAGCAGACAACCCUGCUUUCGAGAUGAUCCCACCGGUAGACCAUAGUUUCUGGCUUCACCCGAUCUUCCUGUCGGGUUGGGGAACACCUAUUGGAGAACUGUUUGACUUAGAGAGCCUGGCAAAGUUAUGUGAGAAGAACAAGAGAUGGACCUUUUUCUUCACAUCAUCUCCUUUGAACUACACUGGCGCGGUCGCGUCGCCGCCCAAUGCUACGGCCAUUAUGUAG